AUGACAACCGGAGACGUCGGAAUUCUCAAAUCAACACUCCUACCCUCCCUCGGCCUCUAUUCAAGUCUCUCACUGGCUACAUUUGUAGCCGCCGAGACGACAAACCGAGUCGAGCUCAAGGAUUGGCUAUGGCCCUCCGGCCAAGUCAUCAAUGCAUGGUGGAGCGCCGUCGGGCGACCCAUGACCGAAACCGGGAUGUCCUUCUCCGAUGCCUGGACAGGGCUCACUUGGACUGAAAAACUUCUUCUCGGAGGGGUUAGUAUCUGGGGAGCACGGUUGUUUGCGCGUAUCGCAAGUAGGUCCCUCGUUCGCGGGAAAGACGAUCCGCGGUAUGACGCGGUUAAGAAAGAGCGCGGAUUCUGGAAAUCGGCGCUGUUCAAGGUCUUCUUGCCGGAAGCUCUAUUUCUGAGUGUUAUUUCGCUUCCCGUGACCUUGCCGUUCCGUAUGGGUGAUACUACUCUUUGGAUGGGUAUGAAUUCCCUGACUACGGUGCGUGCGCUCGGCGCUGGCUUGUUCAGUGCUGGGUUUGCCUUGGAAGUUAUGGCCGAUAUGCAGCUUGAAUUGCACCGCAAGGAACGCGAUGAUCUGUGUCGCCAUGGUGUGUGGAGUAUCGUGCGCCAUCCCAACUACUUGGGUGACACUCUCGUGCAUCUCUCAUUUGCAGUCCUCAACCUUGCGGACUCCUUUAAUCCGAUCAUUCUGCUUGGCCCUAUUGCUAACUACUGCUUCCUUCGAUUUGUGGGCGGCGACAAGCAAACCGAGGAAAGCCAGGACGUGCGGUACCAGGUGAAUGACCCGCGCAAGUAUCAACAGCUGCGUGCAUGGCGCCAGGAGAAAAACAGCUUCUGGCCUUCUCUACACGACCUGGCCAAUCCCUGGGCUUUGGCCGUCGUGGGCUGUGGUUUGAUGGGUGUUGUGGUGGAGGAAGUCCUGAAAACGACUUUUGUUAUGCAGUAG